AUGGUGGUCCCUAAUUUGGAGCUCCUGAUUCCAGAUUUACUCGGCAAGAUACUCAGAAAGGACACGAAGCUUUUCACAAUGAGAGACUCCAGAGGCGGUAAUGUAUUCCAUUUAGCAGCUUUCUGGAAUGUGCCCGAAGUAUUGGACUUCUUACAACCAGAAACCGAAUAUUUGGCUCAAGAACAGGACAACAAUGGGGAUCUUCCCAUUCAUAUAGCAAGCAAGGGGGGUCAUGUUAAACUAAUCCAUAAGCUACAUCCGGUGUCAAAGUGGGUAAAUGGGAAAGGACAGACAGUUCUUCAUGUGGCAGCAAAAUACGGAAAAGAAGAAGUAGUGAGAUAUAUACUCAAAGAUUGGGAUCUGAGGGAGAUGAUAAAUGAAAGAGACGAUGAUGGAAAUACAGCUUCACACUUGGCAGCGAAGUAUUUACAUGUCGCCGCUUUGAUUCAUCUCGUGCUGGAUAAAAGAAUGAACCCCUGCCUUCUCAACCAUGAAGGCUUGGCUGCUGUCGACAUUGCUCAACAUUCCUCACAAGGGGGAUUACGGAGGGGCUUGGCACGCAUUCUGUUAUCAAGCGUGUCGUAUGAUAGAACAGAUCGAUUCAUAAGUAAGCCGGAAGCUCGAGACAAAUGGCACGCUCACGGAAUGUUGCCAAACCGUAAAGAAAUGGGUGACUUUAUCAAUACCUUGUUGGUGGUGGCAUCGCUUGUGACCACUGUGACUUUCUCAGCUGGUUUCGCAGUUCCUGGAGGAUUGAACGGCUCAAAAACGCCAUCCAAAGAUGAGCGGGGCAUGGCUACGAUGCUGAACAAUAGAAUGUUCCAGGCCUUCGUGAUUUGCAACACCAUCGCGAUGUUAUGCUCAAUGGCCUCGGUCGUUGGCUUCAUAUUUGCGUACGUGACUGAAAUCCACAUAUCGAUAUAUGCAUGCCAGCUUGCAGGACUGCUACUAGCAAUUUCCUUCCCGCCAAUGUCGGCCGCUUUCUUAAUUGGCGUCACCUUGACCGGUUCACAGGAGCUCAAGGGUGUUCUCGGUUACACGGCUCCGACUCAGUUUUCACCCGGGUUCCCCCUUGGUGGUGAUACGUCGUCGAGGCUUGACUCUCGCCAGGAUCCGGUGGGGAGCCUUGCCCAAGCCCCAAGGGCGGCCUCGCAGGCGGGCGAGGCUCGCCCUCACGCCAGGAUCUGCGAGCCUCGCCCGAUCGCCGAGUCGUGA